AGUUCUAUAGGAUUUGGAAUUACACUGAAGUACAAAGAAAAAAACGAUAAGCUGUGUACUGAUAUAGCUUCCUCUUUUCAUAAACAAAACAAAAAACUUCUUUAAACACUAAACUAGAACUUUCCAAACUCAAACUAUUACUUAUAAAAACUGAAGUAUUUAAGUUUUGUGAAAGUGUGUUAAAAGUAACAAAAUAUUUUACUCCUGUUCUUAACGAAGGAUAUUCUGCACUCUAAGAAAACAUUAUGCGUGAGUGCAUAUCCGUGCACGUGGGGCAGGCGGGCGCCCAGAUCGGCAAUGCAUGCUGGGAGCUGUACUGCCUCGAGCACGGCAUCCAGCCCGACGGCCAGAUGCCGUCCGACAAGACCAUCGGCGGCGGGGACGACAGCUUCAGCACCUUCUUCAGCGAGACCGGCGCCGGCAAGCACGUGCCCAGGGCUGUCUUCGUGGACCUGGAGCCCACCGUCAUAGACGAAAUCCGCACGGGCACGUACCGCCAGUUGUUCCACCCGGAGCAGCUGAUCACGGGCAAGGAGGACGCCGCCAACAACUACGCCCGCGGGCACUACGGCGUCGGCAAGGAGAUCAUCGACCUGGUGCUGGACCGCAUGCGCAAGCUGGCCGACCAGUGUACCGGCCUGCAGGGCUUCCUCAUCUUCAACUCCUUCGGCGGUGGCACCGGGUCCGGCUUCACCUCGCUGCUCAUCGAGCGGCUCAGCGUCGAGUUCGGCAAGAAGAGCAAGCUGCAGUUUACCGUCUACCCGGCGCCUCUGGUCUCGACAUCUGUGGUGGAGCCGUACAACACGUUGCUGACGACUCACAGCACACUCGAUCACUCGGACUGCGCCUUCAUGGUGGACAACGAGGCCAUCUACGACAUCUGCCGCCGCAACCUGGACAUCGAGAGGCCCACAUACACCAACCUGAACCGCCUCAUCGGCCAGGUGGUGUCGUCCAUCACGGCGUCGCUGCGCUUCGACGGCGCGCUCAACGUCGACCUGACCGAGUUCCAGACGAACCUGGUGCCCUACCCGAGGAUCCACUUCCCCUUGGCCACGUACGCGCCCAUCGUCUCGGCGGAGAAGGCCUACCACGAGCAGCUGACCGUGGCCGACAUCACCAAUGCGUGCUUCGAGCCGGCCAACCAGAUGGUGAAGUGCGACCCGCGCAACGGCAAGUACAUGGCGUGCUGCGUGCUGUACCGGGGCGAUGUCGUGCCCAAGGACGUGAACUCCGCCAUCGCCACCAUCAAGACCAAGAGGAGCAUCCAGUUCGUCGACUGGUGCCCCACUGGCUUCAAGGUGGGGAUCAACUACCAGCCGCCCACGGUGGUUCCAGGGGGUGACAUGGCCGACGUGCGUCGCGCCGUCUGCAUGCUCUCGAACACGACUGCCAUCGCGGAGGCAUGGGGGAAGCUGGACGUGAAGUUCGACCUGAUGUUCUCGAAGCGUGCCUUCGUGCACUGGUACGUGGGCGAGGGCAUGGAGGAAGGGGAGUUCAGCGAGGCCCGCGAGGACCUGGCGGCGCUGGAGAAGGACUACGAGGAGGUGGGCAUGGAGUUGGUCGACAGCGAAGACGAGGAAGAAGUUUAACUUGGACAUCGACAUGCGUUUACGUCGAGGGUUGACACCAAUGCCGACUGCAUUUGUAUUCUAUGUUGACAUUAGUGCCAACCUGUUUUUUUUUAAUUAUAUAAAAUCCAACUUCGGUACCAACUGGGGAGCAUACCUUAGUUUAACUUUUAUGGCAACCUAUAGUUAUGUAUCAUUAUUAACAAUCAUUCAGCCAAUUAAAAAUAUGUUGUAAUUGUUAUUUUGUGUGUCUAACUGUAAAUAAAUUUUAAAUAAAAAAAUUAUCUAUGAGUUCUAUCAACA